UCACACGCACACGUGUUGUUAAUAUCACUUUCUCACGAGUUAAUCAUUAACUGCGCUGCUGAGAUGACCACAGCGGUCUGUUGUUUAACGUGUCUGUUUGCAGUCUGAGUGGAUUUGGGCAGCGCAGAUUCAUUAUGGCAGCUCUGCGUGCAGCAAAACAAGCUUUGAGAAGAGAAAUCAAGGGUCGAGUGGCUGCAGUGAGUGAUCAGGAGAAACUAAGACAGUCUCGAGUUGUCUCGCAGAAGUUGUUCAGGCAUCCCAAAUACCUGUCCAGCCAGCGCGUCGCUGUCUUCCUGAACAUGCAAGAUGAGGUGCACACAGAUGACAUCCUCCAGGACAUCUUCAAGAGGGGCAAAGUCUGCUUCAUUCCCAGAUACUUCACCAAGAGCAGUCAUAUGGACAUGUUACGACUCAGAGACAUGGAGGAUGUGAAGACGCUGCCCGUCACGUCCUGGAACAUCCAGCAGCCAGCACACGACGACAGCGACAGAGAAGAAGCCCUGGCCACAGGAGGACUGGAUCUUAUCCUCAUGCCUGGUUUGGGAUUUGAUAAGAAGGGGAAUCGGCUUGGCAGAGGAAAGGGUUUCUACGACACGUAUUUGGAGCGCUGUAGGACGCACCCGAAGGGAAAGCCGUAUACCAUCGCCUUGGCUUUCAAAGAGCAGCUGUGUGCUGAAGUCCCAGUGGGUGAACAUGAUAUUCUUAUUGAUGAAGUCCUCUAUGAAGACAAGGAAUGAACUGCUCCAGUCAGACCUUAAUUUCAACACUGCUGAAAGUCAUUUGAAUUCAAAUGAUUCCUGCGACAUUGAUCCCGUUUCUGAAUGAAAUGCAUUAAAUCUCUUUGGAUGCAAUCCAUAUGCUCAAAUCAAAUAAUGUCUGGGGACUCUUUCAGAGAAGAGUUUCUGUAUCAGCAUAAGAAUUACCAAACGCUCUCUACCAAAAGGCUAAAAAUGCAGUCUGUCCUCACAUUAAAGAAACAGUUCACUCAAAAAUGGAAUUUUGGCUUUUAUUUAGUCACUCGUGUUGUAUUAAAUAUGCAGGUUUUUUUUUUUGUGAAACACAGGGAUUUUUUUUGAAGAAUCUUCAUACUGUUCAUUUCUAUAGAGGGAACAAUUCAUUGUGACCAUGUCUGUCACCAUUGGAGUACUCUUUAUUAUUCGUGCACUAUAUUCCUAGUCUUCUGAAGUCAUUCUAUAGCUCGGUGUGAGGAACAGACUGAAUAAUAAAAAGUCAUUAUUCACUGAAAAAUCCUCCACUGCAGCUCUCAAAUUUGAUGCUCCGCUACAUAUUUUUGAUUUGGCAUGCCCAUGUUUGUUUACAGCAUGUGCAAAAAUUACCGUGACACUGUUUUCAAACUCAAAUUAUUAUUUGAAUUUUGAUAGAAAGUAACUUUAUAAGUAACAAUAUAUUUCAUUUCAGUAUGUUCCUCAGUCAGGCUUCAGAUGAGUUUUGUGGUACUUUUUUUUUUUUUUUUUUUUUUUUUUUGGGAGUUUGAAAACUGUGUUCCACAAAAAAGUGAUAGAUACGGGAUGGAAAUUACAUGAGUGAAUGAAUAAUGACAGAAUUCUUCUGUACCUGAUUCUACUUGAUUUGUUUUAUCUUGUCCUGAAAUGCUUUAACUUGAAAUAUUAUAUUAUAGGCUUGUCCUCAAAUUUAAACACCAUUAUCAAUUAGUUAUAUGUAUAUGUGACCCUGGACCACAAAACCAGUCUUAAGUCGCUGGGGUAUAUUUGUAGCAAUAGCCAAAAAUACAUUGUGAGAGUCAAAAUUAUUGAUUUUUCUUUUAUGCCAAAAAUCAUUAGGAUAUUAAGUAAAUAUCAUGUUCCAUGAAGAUAUUUUGUCCGAUCCUAACAAACCAUACAUCAAUGGAAAGCUUAUUUAUUCCGCUUUCAGAUUAUGUAAAUAUAAAUUGACUUAAGACUGGUUUUGUCGUCCAGGGUCACGUGUGUGUAUAUAUGUGCAUGUAGACAAAAAAUGUGCCUAUACUUUUUAUAAUAUAUUUUUCUUCAGCAAGGACACAGUAAAUUGAUCAAAAGUGGCAGUAAAAACAAUGUUACAAAAGAUUUUUAUUGUAAAUAAAUGCUGUUCUUUGGAACUUUA